UCGAUUAGCAUUUUCAUGUCAAGUAUGAAUGCAAUCUGCAAUAAACAAAAAAAAAAUCAUAUUAAAGUAGGCAAAGGUAGUAAAUAAUUCAUUCGAAAUUUUGGUACCGUAUAUUCCCUCCGUAUACAUGGAAACAAAUUAUGCGUAAAAGAAGAAAAAGGAAGACACGAAUUCCCGGUCAGAAACAUAUGUCUCUGUGACGAGGCAUAAAUGCCAAGCAGACGCAGCAAUGCCAGAUGGCGCGUCUUUAUAGCUACCCAACGUCCUCUCUGCUUCACUCUCUCCCUUCCCAUGGAGAUAAACUUCCCUCCAUUGUCCACGUCAUCACCACCACCACCAUCCUCCCACUCCCUCUCCCUCCCGCCCUAUUUAUAUCUCUGCCAAACCCAUUCGCCUCCCUCCUCCCUCCCAUAGGCAGUUACCACAAAACUCUCUCUCUCUCCCUUCCCCUGAUAUUUCCCUUACUCUGUUUUUCUCUCCCCCUGCUCUGUUUCAAUACUCUGUUUUUUCAUUUCUCCGAAAUUCAGAGACAUGGUGGUCCUGUCUCGUCCAGCAUUAGACCAUUUCUCCUCAAUCAAGACAUGCAAACCCACGGCGGGGCUGUUCGCCGGAAUCCCGGUGGUCGAUUUCGCCGACCCGAACGCUAAGGCCCUGAUUACAAGGGCGUGCCAGGAGUUCGGAUUCUUCAAGCUGGUCAACCACGGCAUCCCAUUGGCGACAAUCAACCGGCUCGAGUCCCUCGCCAUUGAAUUCUUCAGCCUCCCUCAAUCCCAGAAAGACGCCGCCGGCCCUCCCGACCCUUUCGGCUACGGCAACAAGAGAAUCGGACCCAAUGGCGACAUCGGCUGGAUUGAGUACCUCCUCCUUCACUCCCACAAACCCGCCGCCGGCGCCGGCGCCUUUUUCGACAGCCGUCGGAAUUUCCGGACUGCGGUGGAGGAAUACGUGGCGGCGGUCAAGGCGAUGACGGUGGAAGUGCUGGAAGCGGUAGCGGAGGGGUUGGGUAUAGAGCCUAGAAAUGCGCUGAGCCGGCUGGUGAAGGGCGAGGACAGCGACUCGUGCCUGCGGUUGAACCACUACCCUCCCUGCCCAGAGGUUCAGCCCCUGAGCGGUCAGAACCUCAUCGGGUUCGGGGAGCACACCGACCCGCAGAUCAUAUCUGUCCUGAGAUCCAACAACACAACUGGCCUCCAAAUCUGUCUUCGGGAUGGCACUUGGGUCUCUGUCCCACCUGACCACUCCUCCUUCUUCAUCAAUGUCGGCGACGCCCUCCAGGUGAUGACUAACGGAAGAUUUAGGAGCGUUAAGCACAGAGUAUUGACGGAGCCCACGAAAUCGAGGGUGUCGAUGAUUUACUUUGCGGGGCCCAGGAUGAGCGAGAGGAUAGCACCACUGGGAUCUUUGAUGGAAGCAGGGGAGGAGAGCCGGUACGUGGAGUUCACAUGGGCCGACUACAAAAAAUCGGCUUACAAGUCAAGGCUGGCUGAUUACAGGCUCGGCCAGUUCGAGAAGAAGAAAAUCGACUGACGAGUGAACCAAAAUUCUAUUUGGUUUUGGCCUCGGUUAUUAUUAUUAUAUAAAUUAUUAAUGUGUAGCCACCACCACCACCAUAGCUGACUCGGACUUUGCUAUGUAUAGAAAACGAAUAGGUUGCCUUCUUAUUUCCGCCCUUUAGUUUCCUUUACCGGCUGUUCCCUUCUCCAGUUGUUUUUUCUUUCCUUCCCCUUUUUAUUCAGCUAGCUCGUACUCGUAGUUAGGAGGAUCAUGUAGUAGUUCAGAAUAUUGUACUUGUUCUUGUGGGACGAAAUUGAGAGGGGGAAAAAAGAACCCUUGUAAAAGAUCCUGGCGUUUUACUUUUUAUCAAAUGCAACUGAAUGUGUUCAUAUGUGAAUUUCUGACGUGUAAAAUGUAUACCAGCAGCUGGUGUUUGUGUUUGUUUUUCCGUUGAAUGAAUUGACUUUUGAUAG